UGGGAGAGGAGGAAUGUUCUCAGGUUUGUAAACCUGUCUGGGUUAUGGUGGACUUGCUCUAAAUAUUGGGUUUUUUUUCUUUCUUUCAUCUAGAUAAAGAAGAGGCAACAAGAUGUGGUGAGGUUUCUGGAAGCCAAUCGCAUAGAGUUUGAAGAAGUGGAUAUCACAAUGUCAGAGGAGAAAAGACAAUGGAUGUAUAAAAAUAUUCCUGAGGAUAGGCAGCCUGCGCAAGGCAAUCCACUGCCACCACAGAUAUUCAGUGAUGAUCGGUACUGUGGAGAUUAUGAUGGCUUUUUUGAAUCAAAGGAGAACAACACUGUCUUCUCCUUUCUUGGACUGAAACCUACUUUGACAUCAAAGGAGUCGGAACCCUAGCAAGCCUAUCUGAAGUAUCCACAAGCACAUCUCUUGGAUGAAUGACCCUGUUCUUCAGCACACAACAGCUUCUCUAAUGGAUCACUGUGAUAGAGCAAACAUGCAUCAUUAGUAGUAGUCUGCUUGCCACGAGACGGUGCUCUCCAAUAAUGUGGAGUUAGUAACACGUAUAUGAAACAGGAUUACGGCUGGGCUAUUCAUCUUCCUUUUUAAAAACACUCAUUGUUGAUGUUUGUCUUUUGUCUUUGGGUUGCUUUUGCAACUGACGCUGAUAUUCUAACAGACACAUAUGUUUGAGAAUAAGGAAUGGAAAUGUAGGGCUUCUGU